AUGGACAACCAGCGACAACAGUAUAUCCCGGGCCCUCCGCCUCCACCAGGCCAGGGGACUAUGGGACAUCUACCACCGCCUCCUCCUCGACCAUAUCCAGGGUCGAAUUUGCCACCUCCUCCCCCAGGGCCGCAUCCCUCCUCGAUGCCAUUAGGGACAGUGUUUGGACUUCCAGGAGCAGGGUGGCAGCAACCAUGGGGAAGAUCCGGCAUGGGCCAGAAUAUACCUCCACCGCCACCCUUCAAUCACAACCAGUCCCAGGGACAACACAUACCUUAUGGUAUGCGCCAGUUGAACAUCCCUCCGCCGCCGCCGCAGAAUGACAAACCCAUCCUUUCCGCUACCUUUAUCCCGACAGGAGAUUCAUUCGGUCCCGGAGUUGGUAUUCCGCCCCUCGACGACUAUGCGUCGUAUUCCAGAUACGACGCCCAGUUUACGUCUGAACCAUCACUAUCUCAUGCAGAUCAGAAAUAUUCGGACGGCACAUCUACCUCGCACAGCUACUCCUAUCCCAACCCCACUCAACCCAAUCCGGAUAUUGCGAACAGAGAGAGCCGUGCGGCUUCAGCUUCCUCAAACAAGCCAUCCUUCACUCUUCCGCUUCGCGACCAACACGAGCCGAUCUCCCCAGGACCUCCAACCGCAACCUUGAUCAACCCCCAGACGGUCACCGAUGGUCGACAGCGCGCCCAUAGUGCAGCCGUGACGGGCAGCAACUCGAGCGAGUUUUCGUCACAGUGGCCCCUAGACCGGGUGCUCAUCUGGCUGGCAGCAAAUGGCUUCUCGAAUGAUUGGCAGGAAACUUUUAGGGUCUUGAAACUGCAAGGCUCCGAUUUUCUUGAUCUCGGCCGUGGUCCGAAUGGGCGUGGUAAUCUUGGUAUGAUGCACCAAACAAUUUACCCGCAGCUUGCCAAGGUGUGCUCCAACAGCAAUACCGGCUGGGAUCAGGGCCGCGAAAGGGAAGAAGGCAAGAGGUUGCGUAAGCUCAUCUCGCGGCUGGUGGAACAGGGAGGUGAAGGGCCGGCCAGUGCAGGGAUCGGGCACAGACGACGUGAGUCCGGCAUGAUUCCAAGCGCAGGCACGAUUGCGAGCGCAGGAACCGAGAGCACCUUGGAGAAUUCGCCCCAUCUUCCUCGAUCCGAGUUUGGUAGCACGCCUGGUACCGCCGGUCCAGAAGGAAGCCCGGGAAAGCAGAUGCCUCCCCAGUUUCCGGUCGGACUGGGACAUCGCACCUCGCAGCCUCGGAGCAGCACGAUGCCGGUUCUGAGCAAACACAGCAGUGCAUCUUCGACUCCGAGCGAUUCCAAACCCCCCGAGAAUUUUGCAGCAACAGGUCGUGCGGACUAUACCAGAGGCACUCUAAACAAUUUGAACAGCCGCGGCCGACACAGCCCUAAUCCCUCUGGUGACGGCUCCAUUGGCUUGUUGCCGAAGCCGUUUGAAGCAUCCCCGAAUGCCAGCCCCGGCCUUGGUAGCGCAGUCCCGGUUUCAGCCACCAGCACUUCUUCUCAGUCGCAGCGCCCAGACCACAGCAAGAACAACAGCACAGACUCUAUGCUGUAUGCCAGCGGUCAAACCCGCUCGAACACGGCUGUUGAGUCUGCGCGUUUUUAUGCAGAUAGGCGGGAUGCACAAGAGGUAACGAGACCGUCACCUUUGGAAGCUCAUCGUACCUGGAGCAACGAUUACACCCCGGGUCCUGGAGGAAAAGAUCACAGCAAGGGCUUCCUCAGUAAGUUCAUGAGGAAGAGGCAUGAGCAUAGCCAACCGCCCCCUGAUGAUCAUCCAUUAGAAUCACCAACAAGUCCAGGACCGUGGAAGAUACUCUCGAAGCCUAGCGCAAAUGGCAGCGAUUUGGCUUUGUUGCAGCGUCCUCCUUCUACGGUGAGCGAAGAUGAACGCGUUCCAGUGACAGCCCGUCGUGGCGCUCGCGUGGCAAGAAGAUACAUCUUCGUUACUCCGGAUUUCUGGAACUAUCGGCUCGUGGAUGUCACCGAUGUGGAAACCGCAAUUGCCUUGCGUAGCCUCAUCUGCAUUGAACUUGGAAUCCCAGACGCAGAAUAUGCGCAGAUCUUCCUCACCGAGCCGGGGCAGAGCGACCACGAAAACGCGCUUUCCGACAACGCUCUCGUCGCCGUGCGCAGUCGCACAGAUCCUCUGGGCAGCGUGAAGCUGUAUGUCAGGAGCCCCACACUAUCAGCAGUGCAUGGUUCCCCCUCUCAAUCAAUGGGCCUUGGCGUGUCAUUUGGCCACAAAGUCCCGGUUGAGCGUGGCACGCCUAUGGUGAAGUCCAAUUCCUCGGGCGGCGUGAGUCGCAAUGGCUAUACCUCUCCAGGCGCGGCGGAUGCCCUGUCGAAUGAUCCGCUGCUCGUGCAGAAGCAGGCUGAAGAGUACAGGAGAAAAACAGAAGCCCAACAAAGAGCUUACCUGGAAUCUCGUCGAGCUCAAAAGGAACAGAGCGCCACAUACAGUGGUAACAGUAUCCGAGGGAAUACCGUCAUUGAUUUCGACACCCCACGGCAUUCGCCUUUUGAGGAAAAGAAGGUCGAGAACCUCGUCCCGGUGCGACGUCCUCCGACAGCUCCUGCAGAAUCUACCACACUGACCAAGGUCAACUCUCUGCGGGCGAGAGGAUCUGGAAGCAGGUCUUCGCUUGAUGCGUUGAAACGAAUCUCGGAUCCCAUUGCCGAAGAAGACGGCAAACUUAGUAAGAAGAAAUCCGCUACUUUCGCACCUGCUCCAGCAAGCGGCAUUGGAGCAGCGUUGGCCAAUAUGGGCAAAAUGAGUGUUGCCCCGGCCACUUUGGCUAGCCAGGGAUUGUCACAAGACAGAAGUCGUGUCGACUUUGGCCGUAACACUUCAGGGUUUGGCGAUCUAAGUCGAGAUAAUCGACCGCAGAACGCUGCCGUGGAGAAUGCUCGACGAUUCAGACAGUCUCCACCUGUUAGUCCUUCGACCAAGUCGCCGCCGCGUCCAUUUCUCCAGACCAGAAAGUCGUAUGGCCCUGAUCUCGAGUUCAAGGAGACCAACGUGUCUUUCGCACCUUCGCCCCACCCUACUAAGGAUGAUGAUUCGGACGACGAUUCGGACGAUGGUCUUUUUGCGAUCCCGCUGGCCAACAAGUCAAUGUCGAGCGCCGGCACCGCGACGCCACCUCGCAUUAAAGACCAGCGACCAACGUUGACUGUAGAUACGGACCAGAAUACGGCCAAGAAUGUACGGUUUAAGUCGCCAAAUUCAUCUAGCGGCAUGCGUCCUACUGGCGACGAGAGCGCAACGGCUAGCGGAGAAGGAUAUGACCGCAGCUAUUCCGACGGCAGUUUCAGUGGGUCGGCACAGUCUCCGGACGAUCGAAUGAGCAGACGCGACUCGUUCAUUAGCGACAUCUGGGCCAAUCGUCCCGCAGUAGAAAACGUGGUCGACCAUCUCGAUGAGUUCUUCCCCGGCGUCGAUCUUGACAAGCCGUACCUUGAGGAAAAAGGCGACAACAACUCUCCUAUGAGGUCGUCUGACCAGGAUCCGCUCGAUGCGCUUGAACCUCGUUCCAAGGGAGUCACUUUUGGUACGGCUGGCUUGGAUCUCGACUUCAGCCGCAAGAAUGACUCGGAUACACUGGGCUCCGAUGAGUCGACGCUGAAGGCCAAGGACCGCAGCAAGGUCGCCAGUGUCGCUCAGCGGCAAGUAGGCAAAUCGACGGGUGGUCUGAGCAGGAUGAAGUCGAUUCGUGAAGUUGCGCAGAAACGAAACGACGUGAGCAUCAAGAGAGGGCCCUCUGUCGCAGCGCGAGUGCAAGAGAACAACGCAAGCGGCAUCAUUCGACGGAAGUCAACCAAGAUGUUCGGCGCCCAUAUUGUCCAGAUCAGGCCAAAACCAGGGAAUCGUCUAUCAACUCUCGACCCGAUACCACAAGAAGAAGUCCCCACGGACGAUACGCCAAAGCGGCAGGCGACGUUCAAGAUCAUCCGUGGUCAGCUUAUUGGGAAAGGCACGUAUGGACGCGUAUACCUCGGGAUGAAUGCGACGACGGGUGAGUUCUUGGCUGUCAAGCAAGUCGAAGUCAAUCAAAAAGCUGCCGGCCAGGACAAGGAUCGAAUCAAGGAAAUGGUGGCGGCUUUGGAUCAAGAGAUCGACACCAUGCAGCAUUUGGAACAUCCCAACAUCGUACAAUAUCUGGGCUGCGAGCGUAAGGAAUUCUCGAUCAGCAUCUAUCUCGAAUAUAUUCCCGGUGGCUCUAUCGGCAGUUGUCUUCGCAAACAUGGAAAGUUCGAGGAGGCCGUGGUUCGCUCGCUUACAAGGCAGACACUGGAGGGGCUGGCGUAUCUCCACCAAGAAGGCAUCCUUCAUCGAGACUUGAAGGCCGACAAUAUCCUCCUCGAUCUGGAUGGCACUUGCAAGAUCUCCGAUUUUGGCAUCUCCAAGAAAUCCGACAACAUCUACGGCAAUGAUGUCACGAACAGCAUGCAGGGCUCGGUGUUCUGGAUGGCUCCCGAGGUAGUGCGCUCGCAAGGUCAAGGGUACAGUGCCAAAGUCGACAUAUGGUCACUUGGGUGUGUCGUGCUGGAGAUGUUUGCCGGGAAACGGCCAUGGAGCCGUGAAGAAGCCAUUGGUGCCAUCUUCAAGCUUGGAAGUCUCAGCCAAGCACCGCCGAUUCCCGAAGAGGUACAGUCGACAGCGACGGUGGAUGGAUUGAAUUUCAUGUACGACUGUUUCCAAGUCAACGCGACCGACCGACCAACUGCCGAAACGCUUCUACGCCACUCUACCUUCUGCAUUCCAGACCCAUAUUACAACUUCUACGACACCACACUGGCGGCAAAGUUAAGAAAUGUCGAGAACGCCGGACUUGGUGGCUGA